GUAUGGGCCAUGGCAGGGGCAGCCCUGGCAUGUGCUGUGCGGCCCGCACUCUGUGACAGGCCCUGCAGAAGUGACACCAAGUCAAGGAUUUGGCGAAUCGUACCUUGGACCGAAGUACUUUGGGCCGUUGUGCACCGAGAGCGGUCGCUUCUGGCUUUCAAUUGGCUUUCGGCAAGUUCACACAGCUCUACAUGAGCGAACUCUCCUUAUUUUCCCGGUGACCUAUUCGGAUUGGAGCAAUCCUUGGCACGACUUGCACUGGUGGAUACCCGCAUUGGAUCUCAAAAAGCGUCUUCAGCUGGAAGCAAAGGAUGUGGACAUAGCCUUGGCCUUCCCAUUUCCGGAUUGCGAUUGGGGAACCACGGCCAAACUAUUGGUUGACCAAGCCAAGGGGGUGUUCACUCGUUCAGAACCAGAGCAUUGGUCCUUCCUGCAACACAUGUGGCCCAAGGCGGUUAACCGCCGUAUUCGUGCGUGGAAGCCAAAGGGUCUCCAUGAGGAUGUGCUCCGUUGGCUCUCUGAUCGGCCAGCUCGACAAUUGAAGGAUUACUAUGGCCAGAGCUAUGCCAAGAUCAUUCUUGGACUUCGGUCACUACGUUUUCAGGUCUUCAGCUCCAGUUUUGACUGUGGGGAAAUGAGAGACGUCGCAAAUUGGAUCCGUCACACGCCGCAGUAUACAGCUCUAGGGCCGGACAGGCCUGUAGAAGAGCUGGCAGUACUGCAAAGACCACUUAAAGAAGGCAGAGCCAUCCUGAACCUUGGGGAGACGAUUUCGAUGUUGGCCGGUUUUGCCUGGUUGGCUCCGCUCAAAGUCACCGUCAUCGAAAAGCUCCAGGGCUUACCUUGGGUGGAGCAAUUUCGUCGCUUUCAGGCGGUCAGGGUUUUAGUGGGCGUACACGGUGCUGGUCUCUCUUGGCUGUGGUCUAUGCCUCGAGGUGCUGCAGUGGUGGAGUUCCGGCCAAAGGGAGCACCAGCCUUUAUUUUGCAGUGCAGCGAGAGGUGGGAUCAGGAUGAUCAUGAAACCUACGGCGGAUUGGCCCGCCUUGCGCUGAUUCACCACAUUUGUUUGCGGCAAGAGCCUGUAAUAGCAGAGGGUGUGAAGGACCUGGACUUUGAAAACUGGGACCGCAACGCGAAUGUCACGCUGGAUCUGGAGCGGCUGAAUCUUGUGAUACAGGAUGCUUUGGCCAAGACACAAGGGCCAGAACCUGACUGCAGGGACUUGACGCCGUGCGAAGGGCCCACAGAGAUGAUCGCUCACCAUGAUCCCAUCGCCAUCGUUAAAGGCUCUUCGGUGUUCUUCGGUGUCCAAGCUGCAGUUGUAAGAUGUUGUGAGGAUGUUCAUCCCGCUGCAGUACAAGUCAACAUGUACUAUACUCUGAUGAUGGAACUGCAAGCGGCAGGUUUGCCAGUGUUGGCACCAGUGCAAUCGGCAAUCCCGUUGCACUUUACUUGUCCUGCUCAGUGGCCCGCGGACCGGCGCUGCGGUGGCGGCAGUGUGGGGGAUCCGCUGCUGUCCACUGACCGCUUGCCACGCUCACUGAAAAGUGCAUUUGACUUGGAGGGCGUCCGACUUACCAAGAUCAGGCUGAAACAUAUCAAUUUGAGGGCCCCGGACAGCACCGCACCGCACGCCAUGAAGACGGAUGUGGCCGAUUUGGCGAAACUGGGAUUGGGGCUCUGCGGUGCUGCUGUGGUGGCGCGGAUCCUCUGGAAGCUGAAGUCCGGUGCACAAGGAGCUUUGCCAGAGAGCAAGAAGGACCAAUCUGGUGGAGUCCCUAGCCCAAAGUCCAAUGCUUCUGUAGCACCUUCACAAGGCUUGUGGAUCUACUUUGGCUCACAGAUGGGCACAGCUGAGGGAUUCGCAAGGGAACUGGAGGAGGAAGCCAGCAAGUUAGAGAUUCCAGCCACUGUGGUUGACAUGGAGGACUUUGACCCUGAUGUCUUCGUACAGCACAAAGCUGUCAUCCUGGUGGCUGCCACAUAUGGCGAAGGUGACCCCACUGACAAUGCAGCGGAGUUUUACAAGUGGAUUCAUGAUGAUUCCCACGAGCCUGAAUGUCUUAAAGGCAUGCACUACACAGUCAUGGGCCUGGGAAACAGGCAGUAUGUAAACUUCAACUCAGUGGGCAAAGCUAUGGACAAGCAGCUGGAGAUCAUGGGUGCCACCAGGAUCUACGAGCGCGGUGAAGGUGAUGAUGACCAAAACAUCGAAGAGGAUUUUGAGCAGUGGCAGGAGAACGGCCUGUGGCCGGCCAUCUUGAAGGCUCUAGGAAAAGGAGACUGUCAAGGAAAAGAGGAGGGCUUGGAGAGUGCAGAAACUGCUUUGAGCCGCCUCACAUUGCAGGUGAAGAUGGCAGAAAGUAUCCGAGAGCUGCCUGUUGAUCCCUUGGUCCAGGUGGGUGGUGCUGAUAUCAUUGGCAAGUGGUACUUUCAAGCAUCGCAAGCUCCUGUAGUGGUUUGUGAGGAACUCCGACAGAAGCCAAAUGAAGAGGCUGGAAAGACAACAAAGCAUCUAGAGUUUGAUAUCAAACAGUUGCCUGGGGUGAGUUGGCGGACAGCUGACAACCUAGAAGUCCUGCCGCAAAAUCCUGACGAUGUUGUGGAAUGGUUCGCUGAGCGGUUGAAAGUCAAUGAGCAGCUAGAGCAUUACAUGACCUUCACUCGCACGAACACAACCAAACCAGUGAAGAAGCCUUUCCCAGCACCAUGCAAAGUUCAGACAGCGCUAUCGAUUUAUUGCGACCUCUCCGCGCUUCCAGCGAGGUCGACUGCCAAGAAAUUUGCACCCCUGGUGCAGGAUGCUGCAGAUCGCGAGGCGCUUUUUGCACUGGUCCAAGACCGAGAAGCGUAUCAGAUUCUCACAGAUGGUCGCUUGACGUUGAAAGACUUUUUCGAGCUCUUCAUGCAGUCGGCAGAGAUCGACCUCAGUGCUUUUGUUCAGAUCUGUCAAAGACAGAAGAAUCGACCUUACACUAUUGCCUCCUCAUCGAAGGAGGAUUCUACUCGGAUAGGCAUUUGUGUGAGUCUUGUGCAGGAGGAACAUUCACCUUUGGAGAGUGUUAUGAAAGAUCUGAGUGCAAAGGGCAUUCAGAUUCCGCGUGCCUCAGUUUAUUUGCAAAAGCUCGGGGCUGGUGCUAGCCAGCCACGACGCUUUCGGGGCCUUUGCUCCGAAAUGCUGUGCUUGAGGACCACCAAAGGUGAAAAGUUACGGAUAGCCGCGAGAGCCUCCAGUUUCCGCUUGCCCAAACGAACUACAACGCCCAUUAUCAUGUUGGGAGCUGGAACAGGGCUGGCUCCUUUCAGAGGUUUUGUGCGAGAGUUCAUGGCAGAAAAAGGAAGUCGCAGCAAGACGGUGCUCUUCUUUGGGUGCACCAAGAGCGAUGAGGACUUCAUCUACAAGAAGGAGUUGGAGGAUGCUGCACAAAAAGACCCCCCAGCACUCACAGAGCUGAUCACCGCAUUCUCGCGUGAGCAGAAGGAGAAAAUCUAUGUGCAGCACCGACUCCGAGAGAAGUCUGCCGAAGUGAAGCAAAUGAUGCAGGAUGGUGGAUACAUUUUUGUAUGUGGCGCCACGAGCAUGGGCAAACAGGUGCGCGACGAGCUUGUGACUAUCCUUGGAAGUGCUGACUACUUUGAUCGGCUUAAAACCGAGCAACGUUAUGUGGAGGAACUUUGGUAG